CAAGAAAAAGAGCCACACUGCAGUCAGUGGCACAGUCCAGAGGAAUCCCAACUCAGCGCAACACAAUAAGAGUUUUGUACAGUAAUUGUGGAGGCAACUUUCACUAUCUUGCCAAAGUGAAAGAAAGUUUUGCAGAGGCUUCGUGCGUCUGGGCGGAGUGAGAACUUUCCGUAAAUUGAACAAGUUGACACUGUACAAUGGACCUUGUGUUGUUGAUGAUAAGCGCUUGGGCUGCUCCUGCUUUUGGGUCGGCGUUUGGCAGGGAGAUGUUUGUUUCGGCAGCUGACGAGGACAAUGACAGUGCAUUUAAUUAUGACUAUGAAUCAUUGAGGAUUGGAGGCCUGGUUUUUGCUGUGGUGCUCUUUGUCUUGGGCAUUGCUCUUAUUGUCAGCCGGAAGUGCACCUGCACAAAAAGUGACAAGCCCAGAACUAGAGCAGCUGAGCCAUAAUCAGGUGUCCCAAGAGUACAUUGAAGUGCUUUCUAGAGUUUUUGAAUAGCCAAAACAGAUGAACAAUGAAGCUGCCAAUUGAACUUUCCAUGAAUGUGAUUUUAUUACAUUUUAUUACAUAAUUACACUGCUUAUGUUUGUAAUGUUAAUGUUUUUAUAUGAUCAGUAUGACCUAAAUAGAGAGCCACAUAGAUGUAUUAUGUAGCAGUUUGAUUGAUAAAAAUGAUGUGAUAUUGAAAUAAAAUGUCCCAAAGCCUCAGUUCUUUGUUGUCUCUUGUUGUUUGUGGAGCUGGUUCAUUGCAGUGCACUGGGCCUUCUGUCAUAGUGCACAACUGCUCCUGCUGACACAGCACACUGCCCACUUACUCACAGUCUGCUGCUUGUAUAUUUUCAUUCACUGGAAGCUAAGAAGCCAGCAUCAGCCAGCAUCCCA